CGUCAACACUGCCAGCUCUCUCGUCUCACUGUACAAUUACAAGAUCAUUGACUCACAGUCUGUAGAUAGUUAGGUAGUUAUGGCUACUGAUAGUGUUCUUCCAGUGACUGUAAAUCCUCCAGUGACUGUAAAUCCUCCAGUUGAUCCUUUAAUGGACCUUGAGUCUAUUCUGUAUCUUCAAGAAGACAUGGUAUCACCUCAAGAUGAUCUGCUGUCAGGACUACUAGAAACUGACAAGGAUUUCUUGAACGAGCUGUUGAACCCACAGUCCGUACCAGACCCAUUCCUUCCUGCACACUCCCUCAAUCCAUCAUUGGGUUCUUAUUCUCCUAACAAUGAUCUGACUCCUGGAAUCUCGCCACUCCAAUACGACACGAGUCCUGAUUGUUUAAAUUCAUUUACAUUCAAUGCACAGUCUUCUCCAGUCAGUGUCACCAGCAGUGAUGAAAGAUCCACUCCUCCUUCAGGCUGUGCCGGCUGGACUAAUCAACUCGGCACUACUAGUUUUGAAAGCUCUGAUGUUCACAUUGACCUAGAGAUUGAUGGAGUGCAGCCUUAUAACGAAGAGAGUUCUUCUUCAAACAGAAAAACUGGCUCACUGACAUUAUCUGAGGAGGAAAAGAAGCUACUGGCAGAAGAAGGCAUUCAUUUACCAACAGACAUGCCUCUUACAAAGGCUGAGGAAAGGCACCUUAAGCGAGUGAGGAGAAAGAUAAAGAACAAGCAAAGUGCAGCAGACAGCAGGAAGAGGAAGAAAGAGUAUAUUGAUGGCUUAGAGAAAAGAGUGGAAAAGUGCACAGCAGAUAACAUACUUUAUAAAGAAAAGAUUAAUAGUUUACAAGCUGAGAAUAAGAGCCUCUUGACACAAUUGCACAAGUUGCAGGCCAUUGUCUCUCAAUACAGUCCCAGUAAAGUUCAGUCAGGAACGUUUCUAAUGGUAGUUAUAUUGUCGUUCUCUAUUCUUAUUGUUCCAAAUUACUUCAAUCAUCAAACCAACAGUAUACCAAAUGGUGUUUCACGAACUUUAUUAAAUGUUGCAACCGAUGACUUUGGAAACAUAAUUGAUCUAAACACCGGAAAGAUAAUAUCUGAUACAACGCCUACACCUUUGCCUCCGUGGAGAUAUCAAAGUCCAAUUAUUGCAGAACACAAAUACAAAAGAACAUAUUUGUAGCAUGUAUAAUUUAUAUGUUGUGUGCUUUUUAAUGAUGAAAUCAUAGAAUUCCCUAUUGAGCCCCACCUAA